GCGGUAACGCACACAAGUGCUACCUCACCACCAGUCAAGACAAUAAAAAGAGGAGAAGAAGAAACCCUUCUCGUACUCCCCAGUCGGCCAUAUUGCAUUUACCCGAACGCACUCUUUGGUCGACUUGUAUUCUGAUUUCAUGACAAUGACUCAAGCCGUUCAGACCAAUGGUGUCCAACCCCUCAGUAAAACCUGGGAGUUGAGCCUUUAUGAAUUACAAAGAACUCCACAGGAAGCAAUUACUGAUGGGUUGGAGAUUGCUGUGUCACCCAGGUCAUUGCACAGUGAACUCAUGUGUCCUAUCUGUCUGGAUAUGCUGAAGAACACAAUGACAACCAAAGAAUGCCUGCACCGUUUUUGUGCUGAUUGCAUUAUCACAGCUUUGCGAUCUGGCAACAAAGAAUGUCCUACAUGUCGCAAGAAGUUGGUUUCCAAGAGGUCGCUGCGUCCAGACCCUAAUUUUGAUGCCCUGAUAAGUAAAAUUUACCCCAGCCGGGAUGAGUAUGAAGCACACCAAGAAAGAGUGUUGGCCCGCAUCAGCAAACAUAACAACCAGCAAGCACUUUCUCACAGCAUAGAGGAAGGACUAAAGAUACAGGCUAUGACCAGACUGCAACGUGGUAAAAGACAAACGGUGGAGAAUGGUAGUGGAGCUGAAGAUAAUGGUGACUCUUCACACUGCAGUAAUGCCUCUGUCCACAGCAAUCAGGAGGCUGGUCCGAGCAUAAAACGCACCAAGACAAGUGAUGACAGUGGACUUGACAUGGACAAUGCUGCUGAGAAUGGAGGAGGUGACUCUGUGAUUGACAGCGGUGCCAGUGAAAUUGAAUUGGUAUUCAGACCUCAUCCCACACUCAUGGAAAAGGAUGAUGGUCACAACAGUGUGGAAUUUGUGCCUCGCUACAUAAAAACAUCUGGAAAUGCAACAGUGGAUCACCUGUCUAAAUACCUGGCUGUCCGGCUGGCUUUGGAGGAGCUUCGAAGAAAUACAGAAGCAAGUCCUGUUAAUGUGGAGGCAGCUUCAGAGAAGCAGUACACUAUCUACAUACCUACUGCUGGAAACCAGUUCACAGUUCUGAAUGGUUCUUUCUCUUUGGAGCUGGUCAGUGAAAAAUACUGGAAGGUGAACAAACCAAUGGAACUAUACUUUGCCCCUACUAAAGAACACAAGUAAAUUAUUUCAAAGCAGUGUGAGUCAAGUUGUGUACUAGGACCUGUGUACACAAAGAAAAGGUGAAAUGGGAAAGAUUGACAAAUCCUUCUAAAUGACUCUUCGAAAUAGUUUUUAAAACUUACUAUAUCUUCUCAAUAUGUGUCUUCGCCCCGUAGAAGUUAGCAGCCAGCAAAUAAGACAGUGACAAUAGACCACUAGCAAUUGUACCAAUCGUUCACUUGGAAAUGGCAACAUGACAUUUUUAACAAAUAUCUUUCGAAAUUAAAAGUUUAGUUCAACUCACCCAUGUAUUUAAUUUGAUAUGAAUUUAUUCUUGAUGUUGUAGUCUUUGGAGUAUGUUCAUACAAUGUCCAAACAUUGGACAGGAAUGUCAAAAUGUACAUCAGUAAAUUCAAGGGAAGGACUCACCAGUGCCCUUUUCCACUGGAUCUACUCAGCAUGAAAUAAACGUUACUUACAAAUACGUUUCGUAGGGGCGACACGACUGACGUGCCUCCAAGUACGUAAUUACAAGAGGCGCUGAUGCUCCUCCAUUGUUUUUUUUGCAUCUUGCUGCGACAGAUAUGCUUAGUGCAGCAUUAUUUUUUACAGUUCCCCAUGGUACUAUUGUAAAGUUGAUUGCCCAAAAGGUUGAGCAGAGCUGAGCUGGAACUUUGCAGCAACUGAUUAGUGGUCACAACGCAUUGACCAAUAAACUGUGGACCUGUGCAUACUCUCCACACCAAUUUUGGGGUUUUUCAGUACCCACACACAACACCAUUACCACCCCCAAUUUCCCCAUAGUAUUUGUGGAAAACACAUUGGCAGUUUAUGGGGAUUUUUGAGAAUAACCUUUUGGGUUUUUAUUUAAUACUCUCAAGGCAUUACAGCAGGCAUUAGUGUUACUAUGCACGAGUCUACUAUAUUCCUAAACAUCUGUGAGAAGUGUGUGUGUGGUUCCCCCCAGUAUUGUCAUGUGUAUAUAUGUAUAUUCCCUUUUAAAACAGUGGUUCAUAACCCUGUUAGAGUUACUGAACCCCACCAGUUUCAUAUGCACGUUUACCGAAGCAGUCUUUUGUAAAAAAUGUUUUUGUUUUUUUCCAAAAUUCAAGGCAGAUUUUUUUACUGGUGCGCAAAAUGAGCCGUGCAUGAACAUCACCUUGUUCAAAGAAGAAAACCAACACAAUCCAUGAACUCACAACAAAUUACACACUAGGAAGUCAGUGUCACUUUUGCAUCAUCACAAAUUUACACGAAAUACAGAUGUUUGGGUGGCUCGGUGGAACACUGUUUAGCAGGACCGCCUCACAGUUAGGAGGGUGUGGGUUCGUUUCCACCGCCGGCCCUCCCUGUGUGGAGUUUGCUUGUUCUGCCCGGGCCCGUGUGGGGUUUUUCCGUGUACUCUGCUUUCCUCCCACAUCCCAAAAACAUGCUUGGUAGGCCGAUUGAGCACUCCAAAUUGUCCCUAGGUGCAAGUGUGAAUGGUUGUUGGUCUCUGUGUGCCCUGCGAUUGGCUGGCAACCAGUUCAGGGUGUCCCCUGCCAACUACCCGAUGACCCGCUCCAGCACGCCCACAACCCUCGUGGGGACAAAGCAGUACAGAAAAUGGAUGGACAAUGUGUUCAGACCUCUGCAGUGGAAGCUCUGCCGAACCCCUGAGACUGACCCACCGGACCCCUAGGGUUCGAUUGAACUCUGGUUAAGAACCACCGCUUUAAAAUAAGUGUAUAGCCUUUUUCACUUAUGUGUUAUUGCGUUCUACCAUGUGUAGAUAGUCCAUCAUUCCUUCAAUGUCCAGUUAUGUUAUUGUAAACUUUCUAAGGUCAAUUGUAUUGUGUUUCUCAAAAAGAUAAUUUUCAUCUGAUGUUUAAGUGCCAUUUUGUAACAUUAAAACUGACCUCCAAAAUA